AUGCAAUCAUGCGAUCUCCAGACGACCACCGAUCCCACAUUUGAUGAUGGUGGCGGCGACGGCGACGGCGACGGCGACGACGGCGACGACGACGGCGACGGCGGCGACGAUGAUGAUGAUGAUGAAGAAGAAGAAGAAGAAGAAGAUGAUGAUGAUGAUGAUGAUGAAGAAGAAGAAGAAGAUGAUGAUGAUGAUGAUGUUGAUGAUGAUGAUGGUGGUGGUGGUGGUGGUGGUGAUGAUGAUGAUGAUGAUGAUGAUGAUGAUGAUGAUGAUGAUGAUGAUGAUGAUGAUGAUGAUGAUGAUGAUGAUGAUGAUGAUGAUGGGAGGAGGAGGAGGAGGAGGAGGAGGAGGAGGAGGAGGGGAUACAGCUCAUGGAAGUAA